UGACAUCAGUCAGUGUGUAUGUGACACAUGGGCGGUGCACUGGGGGACUACUUUAGGGUCGGACCGCCUUCACCCGCAGAGAACCGGACAGAACCGGACAGAACCGGACAGCAGCAAGAACCUCAGCUGCUCAGAGAAGAGCCACGACGCAGAACACGAGUUAUCAGAGAACUAAAGUCUCGUGGAACACUUAAGGACAUCCUCCUCCUCCUCCUCCUCCUCCUCCUGCUCAUGGUCCAGGACAGGCCUCCAGAUCUCUAUAAGAACACCAGGUAUCUGCCUCCUUCGUCCUCGUCUCCUUGUUUCCUCGCCGUCUCCUUGGCGACGGCAUGGACCGCUCGGUUCAGGAGCUUUGCCUCAACUUCAUCAUCGUCCUCAUCACCGUGCUGCUGAUGUGGCUGCUGGUGAAAACCUACCAGGACUGAACCACGAGAGGAGAUGAGCGGGGGUGGCCAGAGGGCAUGAAGAGGGGGAUGAAGGGGGGGAUGAAGGGGAGCUGGCAUGACUUUGAUGCAGACGCCGUGUUUACAUCUUUACUCUGUGGCUCCAGAGCUCCGAAACCAUGUGACUGCUAAGAGGAGCAGUCACGUACACGCAGAACAAUAAAGGUUCUGAAAUGGUUCUUUAAACGGCUUUGUGGUUCUACGAAGAACCAUCACCGACCAGAGAACCAUUUUGGAAAUGGUGUCUUAAAGAACCCUGGUUUGAAAGGUUCUACAUGGAACCAGAAAUGGUGCCUUCAAGAACCAUUUUUUUGAAGGUUCUUUGAGGCACCUUUAUAGGUUCUUUGAAGAACUCUUUAAGGAAAUGGUUCUUUAGAGAACCCUGGUUUGAAAGGUUCUCUGUGGAACCAGAAAUGGUGCCUUAGAGAACCAUGUUUUGAAGGUUCUUUGAGACACCUUUAUGGGUUCUUUGAAGAAACCUUUAAGGAAAUGGUUCUUUAAAGAACCUGGUUUGAAAGGUUCUACAUGGAACCAGAAAUAGUGCCUUAAAGAACCAUGUUUUAAGGUUCUGUGCAGGUCUUUAUCGGCUACAAAGAAAAAUACAAACUCUGAAAAAAUAACAGUGAGUCUCAAAAAUGAAAACUGUAUAAAUAAUUCAUAAAUAAGACAAUUAAAAAUAAAAACAUCACGUGUAUUUUUUAAUCUGUUCCGUCUCGUAGAAGCACGAUUAGUUCAAAGGGACUCGAACGUGAUUGCGUAAUUUUUAAUAAUUUGAUCCAUUCAUGAAUUAAAUGAAGCCUCAAAGUGUACAAACAAAGUAUUAUUUAUAUAUUCCAGGUACUUCUUCUUCAGGUGAAUUCUCCUUUACAUACAAAGCAGGCAAAACAAUAUUCAGUCACUAAAAUAUAAAGUGUAGAAUAUCCCUCUGACCUUUAUAUUUGAUAAAUGUACAGAUACAGGUCGUUCUUCUUUAGGGUAAUUCUCCUUUAAAGUUACUAAAAUAUAAUGUCUACAACAUCUGUUGGAGAUGUUUAUUUGAUAUUUAGUUAUUUUAUUGACAAAUAGUAUAUAUAGUUUAAUCUUUCAGGUUGAGCUUAUUGAGGUUAGACGUUUUCAUUUAUUAGAAGAGCUUUCUCUUGUGAUAGUUUUUAGUUCAAUUAGAUUUGUUGUUGUUGUUGUUUAUAUAUAUUUAGUCUGUUGGCUAAAUGGGUAACACUGUGAGCACCUGUGGUUAUAUGUAGGAGGAGGCAGGUACAGGACCAGCAUGCACCUGGGUAGUCCUGUGGAGAGGCAGCGCUACGAGUUCCUUUGUUUGUUUGUUUGUUCAAUUAAAUAAAUAAAUAAUCAGAAAAAUGUAAUCCUGAAUGAACAAUGCUUAAACCACGAACCCUUUGAUGUAUGUUUUUGAUUUAUUGGACAAAUGGCCGCUUCAAUAUCCCUCUGACCAAUCGGGUUCCUCCAUGGGAGAAACCCGACGAAGGGCGCAGCAGAGGUCGCCUCACAGGUGCUCCACACACACACCGUCAAGGAUUAAAGCCUCGAAAUGAAACUCAA